CCUGGUACGUAUUACAUUUUGCAGCAGCGGUGUGUGUGUGUGUAGUUUGGGAGACGGAUGCUGCAGGGAUUCAGACUGUAAACACACACACACACAGAGACGGUUUUUUAUCGUAUUUGUCGGUCCUUGUGGCAUCAGACUGUGAACCUCCAGCCGGUCAGAGAUGGCCCAGUGCUCCGAGCCUGCGACCGUUAGCUCCGCGGUGAACGGAGAGCUGAAGAAGGAGAGGAAGGUGGCCGUUAUUACCGGCAUCACCGGACAGGAUGGGUCCUACUUGGCUGAGUUCCUGCUCGCUAAAGGCUACGAGGUUCAUGGUAUUUUGCGCCGUUCCAGCUCCUUCAACACGGGACGCAUUGAACAUCUUUACCAGAACCCACAGACACACACUGAAGGCAACAUGAAGCUGCACUACGGCGAUCUGACUGACAGCACAUGUCUGGUGAAGAUCAUCAACCAAGUGAAGCCCACAGAGAUCUACAACCUGGGCGCUCAGAGUCACGUCAAGAUCUCCUUCGAGUUGGCCGAGUACACGGCUAACGUGGACGGCGUGGGCACGCUGCGUCUCUUGGACGCCAUAAAGACGUGCGGUCUGACCAACAGCGUGCGAUUCUACCAGGCCUCCACCAGCGAGUUGUACGGCAAAGUCCAGGAGAUCCCUCAGAAGGAAACCACACCCUUUUACCCUCGCUCACCUUACGGUGCCGCUAAGCUGUACGCCUACUGGAUUGUGGUGAACUUCCGAGAGGCCUACAACAUGUUUUCUGUCAACGGGAUCCUCUUUAACCAUGAGAGCCCGAGGAGAGGUUCAAACUUUGUGACUCGUAAGAUCAGCCGUUCUGUGGCGAAGAUUCACCUGGGCCAACUGGAGAGCUUCAGUCUGGGCAACCUGGACUCCAAGAGGGACUGGGGCCACGCCAAAGACUACGUGGAGGCUAUGUGGCUGAUGCUGCAACAGGAGGAGCCAGAGGAUUUCGUCAUAGCGACGGGGGAGGUGCACAGCGUGAGGGAGUUUGUGGAGAAGGCCUUCAAACAUGUGGGGAAGAGCAUUGUGUGGGAGGGAAAGGAUGAGAAGGAGGUUGGUCGUUGCCAGGAGACAGGGGUGGUACACGUGAAGGUGGACCCCAAAUAUUUCCGUCCGACUGAAGUGGACUACCUGCAAGGCGACAGCACCAAAGCGUAUCAGAAGCUGGGUUGGAAGCCGAAGGUGACUUUUGAGGAGCUGGUAAAGGAGAUGGUGGACGCAGACAUCGAACUAAUGAAGAAAAACCCAAACGCCUGAGGCCGAACCCAUCCAUCCAUCCAGCACGGAAACAUUUCAGCACUCCAGUGUUCUGCCACUGAGACCAACAGUGAAAGGAACAUGUUGUAUUUUUUUUUGUGUUUUUUUUUUUUACCUUCAUGGUUUUUCCAAAAAAAAAAAAAAAAAAAAUGAAGUCCUUUUCUUUGUUGAAGGAGCUUUAGACUCCACCGUUCAUCGCCUUUGUGUCUUGUGUCUACUCCUGGUAUCAUGUCAUUUUUAAUUUUUUUGUUUUAUUAUCAUAUAUAGCAAAGAUGCCUUUUUUUAUAUAUAUAUCUCAACACUGAUCAUGCCAUAAUUUAUAUAGACUGCUGGGGUUUAUUUAUAUAUUUCGUUUGAUUCUUUUUGAUUGUGAUUUUAGAUGUCAGAGUUCAUUCCUUUUAGAGUCUGAAAGAAGGCAGAAUAUAAAUAUAUACAUAAAUAUUACAAUGAAGAUUGUAUCUUUUACUGGAAAAUGGGAAUCAAUGAGUUUAUUAAUGAUGAGCUGACAUUUAAAUCAACAAAUUUGGUACAAUAAAUGCUGAACUUUU